GAUGCUUUGCUGUCAGAGGCUGAGCAAGAGAAUCAGCAGUCAAAGAAGGAUUUAAUAUCACCAACCAUUUACCCGCCAAAUUUCUUUCCAUACUGCGACGAACUACUUGAGAAACUCUACUUCACCGACAACGGUGUCAUAGUUCUCACCAAUGAUAAAAAACUAAAUAAAUGGGCCUUUCCUGCUGCCAAAAAAAUGAAGUUUUCCGAUGGAUUGAAAAUGGUUGUCCCAUUUUGGGCCGACGUCAAAGCCGAUGCGUUUUCUGGAGGAAAAAAUGUUUUCUGGCAGGUAUAUGACCAGUUGGACCCAACCACCAACCAAGACAUGUUACAAACCAUCAAAGAUAUCAUGUCAUCGUACUUGGAAGUUGGGGACGAUAUUCAACGUGCCUACUGGGCUCUAGUCGUUACUUGGAGUGGUGUACAACCCAAUUCGAAGGCAACUGAAACCAACACAUUUCAAGUCGUGCUACUGACAGACUCUAUCCACAGCUAUGCAAUGUUCAACUACGAUCCUUGCAAUAUGAACUGGGACACUGCCUUCCUUCCCAAUAAAAAUGUUAUAUUGGGCUACACGUGCGGAGAGUCUGACCAGAGCGUGUACGUAGAUGUGCCUGAAGAUUCGCUCUUCCGUCCAGGCACCAUCGUUGGGAAUUCUGGUAAGAGGGGACGCUGGGUGUUCCAGCUGGACAGCCACACCAACGAUUUCUUCAACCCUCGAUUAUCCUGCCACAACUGGUACAGUCGUCAGGCUCCCUAUCCAAUCUUCAAUGUGUACUAUCCUGCAUUUGCUGACACGUGUCCCUGCAGCAUGAGAAAUGCUAGGCGCGAUUUGCGAUUCUUGAGGAUGACCCAUCGUAAUUAUGUUCCACCGGGAGACGUCUGGGAUUUCUUCCAAGACACAUCUGUUGCUUGCUAUGUGAGACUUUUCCAAGCCCCAGGAACCCCUGGCCCACAGUGCUGCUAUAAGAUAUAUACUGGUGAUCUGUUGUAUGACGUAAGGAAUCCGAGAGUUGCUUCAGUAUUUGAGAGGUUCCCAUUCAGUCAAAAUUUCUACACACCUGAGGUGUUUCAAAAGUGGUACGAGGAAGAAGUAUUUUCCCGUUACUACUGCUGUGAAAAGUCCAACCUCUGUCACCUUUACAUCGAAUGGCGCCCCCUCAUGACCUGCUCUGAGUAUACACCACCCUUUGGAGGGUGGUUCUGGGGAGACCCGCAUGUGAGAACUCUUGAUGGUUUGGACUACACCUUCAAUGGCCUGGGUGAAUACACACUAGUUCUCAUCGAAGACCCGGGUAGAGGCGAAAGAAUCUUCGAACUACAAGGCCGGACACAGAGAGUAUACGACGCAAACAGAGAUGAACUAACCAACGCGACCUCAUACAUUGGCUUUGCGGCCUUAGAUGAUGUCAGCGGUGCAAGGGUUGAAGUUAAAAUCAACAAAGAUGCCACAGAUCUCAUUACAACAGUGAAUGGGAACGUCGUUGAACCCACAGUCGUUGGGUUGGUUUUCGACGGUUUAACGGUGAAAAAGGAAGAUGAUCCUCCUAAAGUUGUGGCAAUAUUCGCUUCUGAUACCCAAUUUUCUGUUGGUGUGAACAACAGUUUAGUUGACAUAACUGUCCACCUUAGCCAGAAUUACAAAGGAAAAACAAAGGGCUUACUUGGUGUUUGGGAUGGCAACAGUACUAACGAUGUCCUAAGGCGUGACGGAGCAUUCCAGCAACCUACUGGUACCGACGGGGAAAUGCUUGAAGUGGACUACUUUGAAUUUGGUGAAACCUGGCGUGUCUCUAUUAACGAUUCGCACUUCUACUACUUGCCGCCCGAUGAGAGCUGGGAUAACAUGAAUGACUUGGAUUUCCGGCCAAAAUUCUUAGACGAUCUACUCGCCAGUGUUGAUGCUGAGCAAAGCCAAAAGAUAAUUGCAAUCUGUGGGGACAACAAAGAGUGUCAGUACGAUUCGUUAGUACUGAAUGACACAACUGUUGGAGUUGCCACAUUGGAAUUGAAUGAAAAGAACACCGACGACCUGAAAUUAGCAACAAAUUACCCUCCAAUGCUGACACUGAUUGACAGCAUUGAUGCCACUGUUGGCGAAUCCUUGGUGCUGCAAUUAAGUGCUACUGAUCCUGAUGGUGACCAUGUAGAAUUCCGUUUAUUAGAGGAUGUCCGGGACGCAGUCCUCACAGAAGAUGGAGUCUUUACCUGGUUACCCAUGGACACGUCAAAGGUCAGAGUCGGUUUCCUAGCUACUGAUGGUAGGUCUAAUUCUACACUUGAGCCGAUUGUGAGUCUGUGUGAUUGCAAAAAUGGCGGAACUUGCCUCUCGGGCCAGUACGUUGAUGGCACUAAUCUCAUUCAAGACCGCUUUGGUGUUUUGCUGUGCAAAUGUGAGCCGGGAUGGAGCGGUGAGUUCUGUGAGGUUGACUACGACGCAUGCGCGGACGACCCAUGCUUUUUGGGCGUGGAUUGCAAAGAUGAGGCGCCACCACUUUUAAACAGCACGUGCGGACCUUGUCCAGAGGGACUUGAAGGCGAUGGAAAGACCUGCGCAGACAUUGAUGAAUGUGUGGAGAUGAGCACAGAUGACCAAGCUAGCAGUGGUAGGCGUGGAUGUGAUCAGAUCUGUGAGAACACUCUGGGGGGAUUCAAGUGCCGCUGCAGGACAGGUUACUUUCUGGACGAAGAUGGGAAGACUUGUUUAAAAUUGUCAGCGUCUAACUGUUUGAAUGGAGGGGAAUUUGACGAAGAGGCGCUUGAAUGUAUUUGCCCAUGGACUUAUUCUGGACCAACCUGUGCAGAUGAAAACCGAUGUCUGUCCAACAGCAGCCUGUGUUCAGAGCUUGGGCAGCAAUGUUUGCCGGAUACGAACGAAGAGGGCUUCUCGUGUCAAUGCCGCGGCUUUGAGGGAUACGUCAAAAUGGAUAAUGGCUCUUGCAAGCAAAUCCCUUCAAUUGGAGUAGUUAUCACUGCUAAUUUAGAUUUCAAGAAGGCCUUCAAGACUCCAACGUCUAACGCAUUCGAGAGGACUGCAUCGAUGUUUGAACGGGCGAUAAUGAAUAGGCUUGCAACAAACGAAACCACAUGGAGCGCCCUGUCAGCGGAAGUGACAAAGAUAGAGGAAGGCAGUGUGGUUGUCACAUCGGUGGUGUCGUUCCCAGAAAGCACAGUGCCCUCUGCAGCCAAUCUGGAGGACGUUCUAUCCAGAAGUAAAACCGUCUUUGAUGGGAAUGUCACGAUAACUAUCGAUCCAGACUCUGUUCGUGCCAAAGUGGUGUCAACAGCCUGUGCCUCUGGCCAAUGCCUUAAUGGCGGGACCUGCGAAAGACCACAUUUCUCUCCGUGGCUUAUAUGCAGAUGUCAAGCGGCAUUUACUGGGGAGAGAUGUGAAACUGAGAUGGAGUCGGUACCAAGCGAAGGUGGUAUGUCUACCGUUGCCUUGGUGACGAUCAUCAUAGGCACACUUUUACUCGUCCUCGUCGUGGUUGCUGCGCUUUUCUACAUAACGCUGAGGAAAAAGAACAAAGUUGAACCUGUCUUCACUAUCCAAAGUCGAAAGGCAUCAACAGACAAUGAAAACGAUCGCCAUGUGGAGCUUGAAUUGGUACCUGUUGAAGAAGACGCAAAAUAAUGCGGCCUCUGAACUCAAAAGAAUGAAGACUACCAGAAUCAGGCAAUAGAAAUGAUGCUUCUUACGCAACAAAAAAGCUUAUUAGAUAACUCAGAUUUCAAUAACUUUAUUUCAGUAUGUCACUAUAAUCAGUGCUUAUCUGGGAAUUUUUUUGUAUUAAUGUUGAUAGUUAUGAUUAUAAUCCUUGAAGAGAGUAAAUACUACGGCAUUAGUGUCACACAAUCGGAUAAUUAUACAUUACCAUUUGUGUUUUUAAAGCAUCUUUGACUUUCACGUUAUUUUCUGUGACAGAUUUUUAGCGAACAAACUCAAAUAAAUUAAGUUUAUCUCUUACGUAAAAGUAUAGAAGCAUUCCUGACUGUUUUACAAUAUGCUCCAUUCAAGUCCCGUAAUUGAUUUUUUUUUUUGGGGGGGGGAAUGUUUUCGCCUUAACAUAGAUUUAGUUUUGUUCCGCAUUAAAAGCCUUUUCAUUUUUAUUCAGUUUAAUUUAAAUCGGAGUCUCAUCACCUAAAAUUUUUCAACCAUUUGCAAAUUUUAUAUUGACUUGUUGCUAUUAGCAGCUUUUUGUAAAUUAGAGGAAGCAAAUUAGUGUAAAUCGUUGACAUAUGGCUUCGCGUAGUAUGAGAUGUAUUUGCAUAGUCGAGCUCUGCAACUAUAGGAGGGAAGUGAUAUGCCCUCGUUAUGGCGCCUUUCUACAUCAGAUUAGUCAAAACUAUAACUAUAUUUACUCUGUUUACUCUUUUUAGCUUGGCUUUUUAUAUCAACAUGGUUGUGGCAAUGAUUGGAAGCAUAUAAUGGUACCUAUUAACUACACAAGGAUAUAAAUUUAGCACUAUACAGAGUAUACACUGAUGCUGCCAUUUUUCAGUUUAUGUUCCAUUAAAAAUCACUCUCUCAAU